CCUUCACUUUUCCAAUCCAAGACACUCUUAGAUUCCACUACAACUGCAGAAUUCACACCAUUCCUUACAAGUGGCGCAGGCGCAGGCGCACACGGGAAAAAAUAUAUCCACCGCCAUUCUUCCCACUGCUCGAUCUUCUUGCCCCUGCCGUGUCGGUACAAGCGUGCGCAUAAGAGAACGUGCCUGGGGCCCGCCUCCAAGAUGAGCGUGCUACUCGAGACCUCUGUGGGUGACCUGGUCAUCGACCUCCUGGUGGACGUGUCUCCGAAAGCCUGUGAAAACUUCCUCAAGCUAUGCAAAGUCAAGUAUUACAACUUUUCCCCUGUGCACAGUGUCCAGAAAAACUUCACGUUUCAAACCGGAGACCCAAUCGGACCCGGCUCUCCCGACAGCGAUGGUGGAUCUUCGAUAUGGGGUCUCCUGCGUGGUCCUUCGCACAAAACGUUCACCGUCGAAUUACCGCCCAAAUUGAAACAUACGGAGAAGGGCACCGUGAGCAUGGCGACAGUUCCCUCUUCGAGCGACCCCGACGAGCGACUGGUCGGCAGUCAAUUCAUCAUUACGUUAGGGGAUAACCUGGACUAUCUCGAUGGAAAAGCCGCCAUUUUCGGCAAGGUGGUCGAAGGGUUUGAUGUGCUUGAAAAGAUCAACGAGUCAUUUAUCGACGGCAAUGGAAGACCUCUCAAGGAUAUCCGUAUCCGACAUACUGUGAUUCUUGACGAUCCCUAUGAUGACCCUCCUGGCCUGGAAAUUCCGCCUGAAAGCCCUCUGCCCUCCAAAGCCCAACUUGCCACGGUGAGGAUUGCCGAUGAUGAAGAACUGGAUGAGAACAUGGACGAAGAAGCCAUGGAGAAGCUUCGGCGGGAACGUGAAGCCCGCGCUCAAGCUUUAACUUUGGAAAUGGUUGGGGAUCUUCCAUUUGCUGAUGUCAAGCCACCGGAGAAUGUGCUUUUCGUCUGCAAGCUAAACCCCGUCACACAAGACGAAGACCUACAAUUAAUUUUCAGCCGCUUCGGGCAGAUUCUCUCAUGCGAGGUUAUCCGAGACAAGCGAACUGGCGACAGUCUACAAUAUGCCUUUAUCGAGUUCGAGAACCAGAAAGACUGUGAACAAGCUUAUUUCAAGAUGGAGGGUGUUUUGAUUGACGAUCACCGUAUCCAUGUCGAUUUCUCACAGAGUGUCUCGAAACUCUCGGACACCUGGCGACAAGCCACAAUAUCUAAACGACAAGGUGGUGGAUUUGGCGGCAUAUCAAGUCUAGAACGCAAGCGUCAAUACCGCACUGCGGAUGACCAUGGUCGUCGUGACCGUUAUGGCAUGGUCUUCGACCGGGACGAGAUGCGCCGGCGACCAGACCAAGACACGAAACCAUCACGGCCAGAGAAAUCACGCAGCCGUAGCCCUCGCUCUGAAUCCUAUCGACGGAGGGACUACGACAGAGAAAGUGAUAACCGAAGGCACGACGAUAGAGACCGGGACCGAGACCGGGACCGGGACCGGGAUCGGGAUAGAGGAUACAGUCAGAGGGAACAAGAGCGACGACGGCGAUGAGCCCUGUACCAUCUAAUGCCAAAAGUGAGAUUACUGUAUAAAGGGAACCAGCGAGGCGAACGUGUAGGUUUGGCGCUGUAAUGCAAUUUCUUUCUGACAGGGACUACAUAUUCUACGAAAUGUCCGGUACGCCACUGCGUAAUCGUAGUAUGUACGUACAGACUAACUAUUGAUCUACUCGAAACUCAAUGAUGUCACGGGCCACAAUAUUUUACUUGUGCGUAGUAUGCCCCCCUUUUUACUGCAUGCAACGCAUCCACAGGGGUGUCAUAAUUCAUAACUUACCUCCCAGUUUUGCUGUUUCACUGUUUCAUUGACAGGAAGAGCCCUAGUUAGUGCUUAUGACACAAUGGGAUCAAUUGAUGAUUUGCCCAUACAACUCGCACG